AUGCAAAUGGCAUCUUCUGCCGCUUAUCUUUUACCAGAACCUUCGUCUUCUAUAGGAACGAAAUCAGCAAUGAUUAAACAAACACUCACAAAGCCCCCACAAGCGACAGGAUCGGCAACACUUCAUUCCGUUCAUCAUGUUGCUUCUCAUCAAAUUCCCUACCCAUUUCAGCGAUCUUCUGCUUCAGCAAAUUCUUAUCAGCAAUUUUCAAGAAUACCAUCUAACGGUGAUACACUUCACUCAUUAGUAACUGCUAAUACUAACAAUGCCGCUUCACUAUUGACGACACAUAAUAACAACACGUCAUCAGUAUUGUCAACUAACAAUGGCGAUGAUAGUGGUGGCGGUGGUUCUAGUGGACAUAGUCUUUCACAGAGUAUGGAAUCCAUAAACAAUAUCGGUUUAACCGAUGAUGAGAUUCUUAUCUUUACAUUAGUAACAAUAAGGAGAUUACCACCUGGUAUACUUCAAUCUCUAAUUGUUCCAUCUUGUCUCAAUUUUUUUGUUGCUGUUGCAUUAAUUGUGAUGGAACCAGUUAUUCUCAAUGGAGAUACAAAUAAUAGUGGAAGCAGUACUGAUCCUAGUCAUUGCUACAAGAUGAAAAGUUCUACUGACGAACUAAAUGAAGUUCGGACUUUAUUCGUAUCCGGUUUACCCAUGGAUGCUAAACCACGAGAACUCUAUCUUCUAUUUCGCGGAUUUAAGGGUUAUGAAGGAAGUCUACUCAAAGUAACAAAUAAAAACGGUAAAAACUUAUCACCUGUUGGAUUUGUCACAUUUGCCAGUCGCGUUGAUGCUGAAACAGCUAAACAAGAACUCACAGGAGUUCGAUUUGAUCCUGAUCUUCCAGCAACUCUUCGACUUGAAUUUGCUAAAUCGAAUACUAAAGUUCAAAAGCCUAAACAUCCAAAUCAGAAUCAAUUAACAGCUGCAACUCAACAGUUUAUACAAAUUCCACAAGAACUUGGUGCCGCAUUCUUUCCUACUGAAGCCUGGGGUCAACCAUUAACAUUCGAUUUAGGCCCGGCUGGUCUACAUCAUCCAGCUUUAUUACAUACAGCUCUUCAUGGUCCACCUAUGGGUUUGGGCCAUCCAAUGCAAGGAACACAAGGCAUGACGCAAUUACAACAAUCGAAUGUAGCUGUUGCAACGAAUGGACAAAUGAAUGGUGGAUGCUCAACAUUAUUUUUAACUGGCUUUCCUGAACAUGAUUUUAAAAAUAUGUCCUUUGCUUUACCGGGCAAAGCUCUCUGA